AUGGCUCUAACAAAAUAUUUAUCCAUCAAUAUUAUACUCUUAAUACUUCAUCUCAACAUCUCAUCUUCAGAUGACAGCUAUUUGAACGAAACGUUAAUCAAAGAUUUAGAUAGCUUGAUAAGUGAAAAGGUAAUAAACACAGUAAUAAAUGACAGUUUUAAAAUAAGAAAAUUAGAAGAUGUCAAUUUCAGAAAACGACAUGCAAAUAGAACAGAAUUCAGAGACACAGUUCCUAAUGAGAGUACAGAAGAUGAAUCGAAAACGGGUACGUUUGAAAAUACAACGAUAUAUUACGAGCCUUCUAACUACACUGAAGAGCCGUGUGUUGGCGAUCCGGAAUUCUGUAAUAUGACUAGAGAAGCGUAUUUUGAAAUGCUAGAAGACUACAUAUACCCUCAGCCAUACGAGUGGGUGUUAAUAGCGACCCAUGGUAUAGUGUUUGUGAUUGGACUGAUUGGAAAUGCAUUAGUAUGCAUCGCGGUGUACAGGAACCAUUCGAUGAGGACAGUGACAAAUUACUUUAUUGUGAACCUCGCUGUGGCAGACUUUAUGGUGAUUCUUAUCUGUCUCCCACCAACUGUGCUCUGGGAUGUCACAGAGACUUGGUUCUUCGGGACAGCUAUGUGCAGGAUCGUCCUAUAUUUUCAAUCCGUCUCAGUCACAGUGUCGGUUCUAACCCUGACGUUCAUCUCAGUGGAUCGCUGGUACGCCAUCUGCUUUCCGCUCAAAUUCAAGUCUACCACCAGCCGAGCGAAGACGGCCAUCUUGAUCAUUUGGGUUCUCUCUUUACUAUUUAAUGUUCCAGAAUUUGUGGUGCUUCAAGUACGCCGGAUGCAGCUCCGCUUCGACGCGCCAUAUUUCAUGCAGUGUACACCGACGUGGUCAGACGAAAGUGACCUCAAAUGGCACGUCAUUAAGGCGCUUUUUCUUUACACAUUCCCGCUUUUUCUGAUGAUGAUCGCGUACUGCCAGAUUGUGAGGGUCCUCUGGAGGUCAGACAAUAUACCUGGACAUACAGAAUCACACAAACUCUGUCCUGGAAGCCAGAAUAAUUGGCUAGCUGCAAACAGACGGACAACACCUUCGAUCCACACAAAUGCGUCCACUGAAGGCCAGCUGCGGUCAAGACGGAAGGCAGCAAAAAUGUUGGUGGCUGUCGUCAUCAUGUUUGCUGUUUGCUACUUCCCCGUGCAUUUAAUAUCCGUUCUGAGGGUGGCAUACGACGUGCAACAAAGUGACAUUAUGACUUGCAUCGCCCUCAUCUCUCACGUUAUGUGCUACGCUAACUCCGCUGUCAACCCGCUUAUAUACAACUUUAUGAGUGGGAAAUUCCGUCGCGAAUUCCACCGCUCCUACUUCAAAUGUUUAUGCUGUUGCCACCCUCCACCUGAACAGAACGGAACCUCCUUCGCUCCGAUCGGCAGUUCCAGGGCCGGCACUACGAGAACAGUCGUCAGGCGGAACGACUCGUGUGCCAGCUACCGUCUUACACACCUCUCACCAUCCAACCAUAACAUCCACCGCGAUGUACGGAACACCAAUACCUCAUUCAUAGAAACUAUGAAUGGGAACAGACGGCUCAAGGUCCGCGAUGAUUCGAUCAGUGAAUCGGCCAGGUUUACUCUAACGACCGACGUCAGAGAUUGA